AUGGCAUCACCGGAGGAGAUUGUCAUAAAGACUGAAGUUGAUUUUGAUUUUAUUGCUAAUUAUAACGGUGAUGGUGAUACACAGAACUCGCAAAAUGAUGCCGCGAAUAGUGUGAGAGCAUCAUGCAGUGGUUCCGGUCAGCAAAUGGACUACAGCGAGCUGGCAAUGCCGGCUGAUGGUGAUUGUAGUGAUGAUUUGAUGUUAAGAAAUUGGUUGAAACAAUUCGAUCUGGAAAUAUUAUAUACCACACUGAAACUGAGUGAUAUAACCUAUCGCAGCCUGAAAUAUCUCUCCUUAGAGGACAUUAAUACCGUUAUACGCCACAUUGGUUAUCGAGCGGAGUUCCGCGAGAAGUUGCUUGCAUGGCGCCGCGAAAAGUCCAGCCAACAGUUCUCUGCGGCAGAUAACAAUAGCACAGUUCAACAAGCAAAUAUAUCCUCAAACUCCACGUCAAAUAAAAGACGACGCACAUCCAUUGUGGCACCGGCGAUUUCCGUACAAUCACGCCAACAGCAGUCACAACAGCUAGCCGUGGCAAGUAACUUGCAAACAAUGCAAGCUAAUAUGGCGUCCCACAGUGGCAUAGCAACACACCCAGUAAUGCCAAGCAGUAGCGGCUCUGCAGCUGCAGCCAAUGCAAUAACAGCCACAACAACAACGACUGGUUCAGCAACCAUUAUCCACCGCAGUAGGGAACCGGCUGAUGACUUUUUAAGCCUACUCCCAGGCGUCGCGGCUACCACAUCACUUACAUCAAAUAAUAUGCCAGCUGUUGUAUUAGAGCCGUCGUCGGUGGAUUUGUGCGAUGCUUUCAAUGCAUUCGGGCCACAAGCCGGUGAAUCACCUAAGCGGCAGGCCACGACAAGGACGAUAAGAGCAGCCACCACGUCGACACCAACGCUAAGCCCAACAACGAAAACACCAUCAAUGGCGACAACAACAGCAAACCCAGUGACGCCAAGAACAUCGAUAACAAGCAUAAAUGACGAGCAACAGUUUCUGGAGGCGAGCUGCAGUGAAAAUGUUGAUAGUGGCAGCAACGGCGGUGGUUAUGAACCCAAUGGACCAUUGAUUAUGAGUAGCAAUAAAGUGGAUACACUUAAAGUGCUGCAGGCUUGCCAUGCCGGACAGCACAUCCGACAAUUUUAUAGCAGAUACGGCUACCUUGAAAAUAGCCAGCGUAAUGAAAUUGUGCGCCUGAUUAUUGCCGACGUAAUGCGACAGGAUGUAUCGCUUUGCCCGAAGGAUCUGCGUCUGAUUUUGAAUGACAUCGUAACCAUAUUUCCCAACGAGCAGGCAGCGUCGGACUACUACUUUAUUUAUCGUGGCGGCAGAGGCAACCCAUUAGGUCGCCUGUAUCAACGCUACUCCAAUGAGAAUGUCAAACGUCGUCGCAUGAUACGCUUAAGUGAUGAUGAUAAUGAUAACAAUAAUGCUGAUGUGUCACGCAAUUUGAGCAAUUUGAGCUCCAACAGUAAUCAAAUGGAUGACGAUGACAUUCUCUAUGCCAAUCAACAGAGUUUACCGGGCUCUGUGCCGUGCGUAGAUGAAAUGACUGCAUUGGCACUGAAACAACUACUAACCACAGAUCAUUUCACUUGGGAAGAGGUGUGUGAGAGAUGGAUACAAACUUGGGCGUUGCGCCAGAAGGAGUUGCAACAGAGCGGUCUAACGGAGCUGCUCAACAACUGGUCAAAGUUAACUGAUCCACGUGCUGCUGAGUUGUUUAAAAACGAUUUUCGUCAUGUCUAUCCGAACAAGGAGCACCUUUUGGUUUCAAAAUGGGAGGAUUACAUUAAGAAGGUGACGUCGCGUUUUGAUAGGAAACUCCAUCACGACGAUUUGAAAAAGAUGUACAAACACGUCAAAAUGGGCAUGGCGAGUAAAGAUGAAAAAGAUUUCAUUUACGCCGUCGGUGUAAUCACUCUGUUGCCAUCAACGAGCCGUUUCAAAGAUCAAUAUGGCAAACUGAGCAUACGCGCCAGUCUUACCGAUAGCAUUGACUCAUUCGUUAUGCGCCUCACUUCACUGGACUCAUACGAAUCACGCGUAGAGUUCUAUAAUCGUAAAUAUGGGCCAAUCAAUCGCACUACUCACCCCUUUUUGGUUGUUAUUAUGCCCAAUGAAUGUACCAUUUCGAAAAUCUAUGUGGCGCUUGAGAAUCAUUUCUAUUGCAUGCAGUCUUUCCUGCAAGCCCUGGAUCUGUGUUUUAAGAUUUACCAUACAUGCAAUUUGAAGUAUCCAACCAUGUGCGAGAAUGUUUGGACUUUUAUACAACGAUACUUUUACGAUAUGACGGUGCCGUGGGAGGCGCGAAAUGCGAAUCUGGUUUCAUUGAUGGUGAUGCUGACAUUGAACAAAUGAAAAAGAGGAAAACACGGAGAAACCAAGGGCAAAGUGCUGUUAGACU